UUCGGUUGUUGAACUUUCUUUGUGGACUGCGGGCUACCGUUGAAAGUACGAAGCCGCCCUUAAGCCAAACUGUGUUGGCGACUGACUCUUCUUCAGAUUGCGCGGCAACUUCCUCACUUGUCUUCCUCUGUUUAAUCUUCCAAAUAAAUAAAUCACUCAUAGCCAAGUUUCCCAACAAGAAUAAAAGCUCAAGACAACAAUUCCCCCCAACUUCGUUAUUCUUCCUUUGAAAAUUCUCUUGGAUUUUUGCCAUUUAAGCUGCAAACGAUGGCAGAUCCGUCGGAGGCGGGCGGGAUGCUGAACGACUCGACUAUGCUCGCGAUAACCGGGAAAGCGAUGGUGGUGGCGGUCAUCAGCCUCUUCUUCGCGGUCGUCUGCGUCUUCCUCUUCCAUCUUUACACCAGAUGGCUCCAUAGCCGUCAGCGCGGCGGCGGCGGCCGAAGACCCACCACCGCAGGGCGUAGCCAUCGGAGACAAGAAGAAGAGAGGCCAGCCCUCGGCCGGGGACUCGACCCGUCUGUGCUGAAGACAAUUCCGGUGAUCACAUUCGGUGCCAAAGAGGUGAAAGAAGAAGUAGAAUGCUCUGUGUGUCUCAGCUUGGUGUGUGAGGGUGAAAAGGGAAAGGUUUUGCCCCAAUGCAGCCACUGGUUUCACGGGGAUUGCAUUGAUAUGUGGUUUCAAUCCCAUUCCACUUGUCCCCUGUGUCGGAAUCCCGUUUCGGAGAUCCCCGCGGAGGGGAAAUCUCCGGUCACCGGUGGCAGUUUAUUAGGGCCGUGUUUGCGGGAGCCUCCGAGAGGGCCUAUAUCCACUCAAAUACCAUGUUCUUCGUCAUCGUCGUCAACGAGUAGUAGGCCAGAGGGAAGCUUGGUGAUUGAUAUUCCCAGGGAGAUUGUGGGAGAAGAUGAUGAACACAAAUCAUCUCCUAUGGCUACAAGAUUGAAGUCUUUUAGAAGGCUGCUAAGCAUGGGGAAGAGGGCUGGCCCUAGCAGUCCCACUAGUCACUUAGAUUUAGAACAGGGCAUGAAAAGUCAAAUCUAGGAGUUUAGGAGGAUGUGACAUACACAAGUACUUGUAUUCUUUUGUUUACUCCGUAUUAAAAAAAAUCUAAUAAAAGAAAAUUUUCUAAUUACAUUUAAAGUUGUUUCUUAUUUUAAUCUAAUGAAAAUAAAUAAUACUCUACAAGUGAUAAGAAUAAGCUAAAGAGAACAAACUUGUAGUCAAGUU